GCGACUUGAAGCUUUAGAAGUUUGUAAAUAGCAUAGACAUACACUUAAUUGCAAUGUGUUUGUUGUUUAUAUAGAUUUUGGCAACUUAAAGUGGUAGUUAAAUGUAUGUAUCUGAAUAAAAUAUUUAGUCUGCAAUUUAUAGCACCAGCUUGAUUAAUUUUAAUUGAUUCGUGAAAUAAUUCCAACUUAAAUUAAAUUAUAAUUAAUCAAAUCCCCACAUCACAACUACAAUCUACACUUUCGUCCUUCGCCUUCCACUUUAGCAGUGUUUGGCAAACUCAUUUGUCAAAAGAGACAAAAAUCAGCAGUGAUUAAAAUUUUUUCAAGAGCCAAAUUUCUUUUCAAGAACCUGUAAAAAACCAUGUUUUUUCUUAGUCAAAACCCAUGUGUGACCGCGAUUUGCCGACCAAUGCACUGGCACUAUACUACUAGUACUAGUAUAAACUAUACUGUAGACUAUAAUAGUCUAUGAUUAUUAAUUAUGCCAUUAUCACUAUGCUCUCUUUAUGUUAUUCAAAAUAGCCUAUAUUUUAUAAUUAUUUGUAUUAGGUUUUUUGUUUUGUGUUUUGGGGUGGGGGAUAUUUGAGACUGGAUUAAUUAUAAGAAGUUUCAUCUUCUUAAAUAAAUAAAAAAUCUUUACAGACCUGCAAACCCUUCCGAUUUUCUCGGAAUUAUAUGGAUUUUUUACCCCUCAUUCCGACCUUCCGACAAACCCCAUAAAAUUCAGAUUUUCCAAAAAUUACAUUAUAAUUUUUCACCCGUCAUAAAAAUCCAAAAGCGAAAAAAAAGAAAAACGGGUCUGACAGGAAGUUGUGCAUUUCGCUACUGCCACUUCCAUUGUUUUGAUCGAAGCGAACCGCGAAUUCCAUUCUUCAUUCAUCAAUUGAUCCGAUCGUGACUCAUCCUUAGUUUUACUAGGCUUACAGUGGUGUUGUGACUUUUUUUUUGGUUGCUUUAAGCUUUACUUUUCUUAUUAAAUGGAUAAAUUUGUAAAGAGAACUGCUGAAAAAGCUUUUCCAGUGACCGAGGUUGAUAGUGCUCCUAACAAAAAAACAAAAAAACCCCAGAAUUCUUAACUAUUUUCGAAAGGAGUGUUCGGAAAAACACUCAUUUAUUCGACCAUCAGCCCGUGGCGAAACAUUUGCAUUGUGCAAUCUGUGCCAGACCCACUUAUCUAUUGAAAGUGGGGGGUACAAUGACAUUAAUAAACAUAUCCACACAGCAAUGCAGAUGCUGAAAUAAUUUUUUCCAUUGUCCAUUGUUGUGGAGGAAAAUUACAAUGAAACUAGGGCAAGCAUGAAAGUUGAUACUCUUUCUAACUUGCUUGUAACUAAAAUCAACUACAAGGUGUCAAAGUUGUCCAAAAAGCUGUUGGACAAGUGCAAAAAGGCCACUAGGAAUAUGCUGGAAAACUGAACUCUUAGUUAGCAGCCUGUGUACAUUACAUAUGUAAAUAAAAUGGAUUUUCUGUCCUAUAUAUCUGUAUAUAAACAUUUCCAGUAAUGUUUCUCUCAUGCUCUGUGGACUCUUCAAAGACAAUUGAGGUAACUUUAUAUUUCUUUCUUUUCUUUAUUUACCAAAUAAAAGGCUUGUGCAUUAGUUUACAGAUCUUAAACUAAUGCGCCCCCACCCCCAGCCCCGGUCGGCGUGCCCUGGGGGGCAGCCCCCCUCUUUCCCCCCACAUGCACCGCCCCUACAGAUUUUUUUCUUGGCAGGUUGGCAGGUCUGUCUUUAUCUUUAAUUCCAAAUAAUUAUUUUUAUAAUAAUACCAUAAUAAUACAUUGAUUAUUGUCAAUUGUCGUAAGAUAGUUAUAUUGUUUAUUCCUCAGAAAAGCCAUAUUUGAUACAGGUAGUUCUGUUAACAUGCAACAACAAGUGAUUUUGGCUGAGGUGCUGGGUUAUCAUUGUUUUGUAACUAUAAAGACAAAUAUUAAAACAUAGAGUUGUAAUACUUCUUUCAAAGGUACACUUUUUAAAAUAAUAUUAAUAUUUAGAAGAAACUAAAAUGGCAGCAAGUGGAGGGGGGAAAAAGAAGACAGUGAAAUAUCAAACACGUUUGGGCAUAACUGAUGAUGAUUCCAAAAUACUUGGACGGUCUACAGCUCUGCGGAGAGAUAAAAGUGUCAAUGAGGAAAAGUUUCACACUUUGCUAAUGAAGACACAGAAUAGUGCAUGGACACCUUUAGUUAACAAACCAUCCAAUGAGCAGGUAGAUAAAUCUUGCUUAAAUGCUAUAUCAACAAUAUUUAUUUAAAGCAUAUAGUAUAUAGUAGCUGAUUAUGAGCGUUUAAACUAAUUUUAUAAUUUUGAAUUAUCUCAUAUUUUAUUAAGGCAAUAUAAUAUUUUUAAUUUAUAUGAUUUCAGAUUUUUAAAGAGAGAAGAGAUUUGGUAUCACACUGGGUAAGAAAUAUAAAUAGGUUUUUUGAUUGUUGAAGCAUUAUUUAUGUAGCCGAGUGGUGACGUGGCUUACAGUUUAAAAAUUACAAUAAAACAAUCAGGUCUGAGGACUAUAGCUUUUUAAUGUUAGGUACAAUCCGUUGACAGAGCCGACAGUAAAAUCUCUCACACAUGCAUCCGACCCGACAUAUCCGUUUCACACGAAAAUCUAAAAAAUAUACACACUCCAAGUCCCAGUUUGCCCCCCUUCUGGGUUAAAUUUAAAUCACCCGCCUUAUAUAGCCCACAGUCACAAGGAACCGGCAUCAUGAGCUGAUCAUGGAUCAACCCCGGGGCAGGGAUGGUUAUUCCUAUGUGUAAAAUUGUAAAUAACCAAACAUAAAAUUUAAGGCCCAGUACACAGCUAUGUGUUACUUUAAAUGACCAUGGAUGUGUACGUGCUUGGUGUUACCCACAGCAGUCACACUAUUACUAUGAGAGGGGAUUCUCUUAUUCCUAUCUGUGGCAUACUGCCACAUAUAAAAUGUUAUAUAAAUGCAGUUAAAAUAGUGGCACAUUGCACCAUUUAAUUAUUAUAGAUAAAAAGAUUUAAAAAAAAAAAAAAAAAAAGAAAAAAACGCAAAGGCCAAAAAAAUUCUUUAUUUUAAAAAAUUUUUAAAAAAAAAAAAAAAAUAAAAAAAAAAAAAAAAAAAAGCAAAAGAUGCUAAGGUCAAUAAAAUUCUCUAUUUUCAAACAUUUUUUAAAAUUAAAAAUAAAGGAGCGGUUUUCUUUUGAAUUAUCUAAUUGAUCUUACUAUUAGAUAAUUCAACAGAAAAAAAUCUUACAGAAAACAGAUCUUACCAUUAAAGACAUACACAAUUUUUAAAACUCAUUGAGUCAUUGUUUACUACUGCAAAUAAAUAAAUAUAUUUUAACUUAUAUUAGCUUCCCAAGGGCAAGAUACCAUUUGGAGGGGAAACAAAUUGAAAGCAUUUCUUUAUCGUGGUAAUCAAAUGACAUUUGGAGAAGGAAUGCAUUUUUAAUAAAAUUGAAAACUUCAAAAUUGUUAUUAAUUACUAAAUAUGAUAAUGUUUGAGACUUAAUCUGACAUAAUUAAUUCUUUUUAUCCAUUUUUAUUUAAACUGACUUGAGUGGGGUUUGUUUUUUUGUUGCUGUUGGACUCUUCCAGUUCCAGCCAAUCUUUCUCCAGAUUCCUGGCAUACUAGAGAGCUAAAAUUUCAAAUAUAAACUUAGUCUUGUGGUAUAUUUUGAUAUACUAAUUUUGACUACCAAAUACCAUUACCUUCCCUAAAUAUCUUGGUCCAUAACAUAUUAAGAAAUGAUACUAGGCAAAGCAAAUUCAUUGAAUAGAAAUUUAACCCCCCCCAAAAAUUUUUUAUUUUUCUGAUAUAAAAGGGGUUACUAUAAAAAAAAACAAUAACUUUGUACUUUACUUUUACUUGUUUCUGUUCAGUUUGACUUGUGGACAGACUCACAAAGGAAACGUUUCCUAGAUGUCAUCUUUAAGCAGUGUAGCAGAUCUCAGUACAGGUAUUUAUAAAAGAAACACAAGUUCACAAGUGGUGUAAUAAAUCCCAGCAUAAUGGUUACAGACAUUAUAUAGUUUUGACACUUAUGUAAAUUUUAAAAAUAUGCCUUGUAAUAAAUAUGAUCAACUGUUUAUCUUUCUAUAAUUGUAUGUUUGAAGAAAAUCAAAUUUCCAAUUCAAAGAUAGCAAUGAUUUCAUUUUAGUUUUGUCCAGAGGUGGUUCAGUGACAACAUGGCUCUACAACAUUUAGAUUUCACUGUUGUACUUCCUCGUUUCCUCUCCUGUUACAUCUUUUCCUUCCUGGAACCUAAGAGUCUGUGUAGAUGUGCUCAAGUAUCCUGGCACUGGAAAUUCCUCUCAGAACAAGUAAGUUUUAUCGUUUUUUUAUGGAAAAAAGGAAUAUUAUUUUGAAUAUAGCCUUUUAUAUGUAUAUAUACAUCUGUUGGAGACUACAUUAUCAGUUUUCUAAAGGAUUUCAAAGGCUUUUUAUUUAUCAAAUAUCAUUGUUGAUUUGCAAUUCUGACUGGUAAAUUACUGCACCUACAAUCCAAAAAUUAUAUGUCAAGAUAUGUAACAAUUAAGUAGGCUAAGUUAGUCACUAAACUAUAUAAUUGCUUUAUGAUUUUAGUUUAGAAAUAUAAAUCAACUAAUCAGUGCCAUCUAAAAAUGAAAUACCACAUCAUUUCUUUACCAAUUAAAAAGGAAUUUUAGAUUUAAUUCUUAAAAAUUCCUUAGCUAGUAAUCAUUAAGUCGAAAGAAUGAAUAUAUAAAAAGGAUAUUACAGUAUUAUGAUAAUAAUUGUAUUCAAAGGAAGUUGUCUGGCUUCCUAAAUGUGUUAGACUGGGCUGGUUUCUACCUUACACACCUGCAGAUAAUGAAUAUGGUGCAUGGAAAAGACAUUAUGUGGCCUGCAUUCAAACACUGGACUACCACAUCACAAGAGGAAGAUCUGUAAAUAAUGUCUUUAUUUUUAGAAUAAGUAUGGAAUUGCUUUGUUUAACUCUUCAAGUUAUUAAUUGUUUUGCAAUAGCAUGUUAAAUUUCAUAGUAAUUGUAAAAUGUAGAGGAAAAAAAUUAAUGAGCAUUUUAAAUUGUAUAUACUGCUGCCUUGAAUGAGAGGAAAUGUUCUUUUUUGCUCCACUGAUAUUUUAUAUAAAAGUGGAGCACUUCAUAUCACAUACUCAAAACAAAGUGUUAUUCUUAAAUUCAGGCUAGCUUAGAUCGUAACCUGGUUAGUCGACAUUUACGUCCUCAAUCACCAGUCAAAGCUGGCAGACUAUCCAGGGCAGACAGCCGUAAGUAUGAAUUGUCAAAUUUUCACAUCCAAAUUACAUAAUAUAUAAGUAUAAAAAAGUUGCAAAAUGAUUCUCAGAAGACAUUCCAUCAAAUGACUAAGAAUAAAAGAUUCUUGAGGUUUGUACAUUGCAGGCUAUUUAAUUAGCAUUUUUUAUUAUUUUCUUCAUAAAAACAUUUAAGCAUGCAAUCCUUAUCUGUAAAGUUGUAAAAAUAGUAGUUGGGAUCGUGCAAACAAACCAUGUCAUGGCUGAAUUCAAAGUUUUUAAGUUUUAUUAGAGAAAAGUUAUAACAUAAAUAAACCAUGUUGUGAUAAAUGCAUUCCAGGUCGACUAAUGGACAUCAGACAACCUUGGCAAGGGCCGGAUUUCAAGCCAAAAGAUUUGAUUAAAGCAAGCCAAUCAAUGCUUAAUGAACAGAAUCCAAAUGAUCCUGUUCGACCGUCGUAAGUCAGUUGUCAAUUUAAUAAUAUUUCAAAAGCAAAGACCGGUUUUUGAUCUCUCUCUUUAAUGGUAAAAAAAAGUUUCAAAACAAUUAACUUUUAACAGGAUUCUAAUAGCAUAGGCAUUCACUACCAGUACAAAUUAAACAAUUUUUCCUUCUUUUUUAUAUUCCAUUACAAAGUGAAAACAAAUUACCCAUUAUUUGACAAUUUUUAAAAAAUAAAUGCAAAUGAACUUUGACUAUAAAGGAUGGAUAUUAUUUAUGUAAGAUAUGUAAUGAGGCAGUAGACAAAAUUAGCAACAGAAAUAAACUUUUUACAUUUCAAAUUUCUCUUCAGUUCUGAUCUUGUUCUGCAUAACAAGUUUGGAAUAAGACGUAGUACACCCAAUAACACAUUGGCUAGCAAAUCUCUGGAUUUUGAAAUUGGCAUGGACUCAACCAGCCGUAGAGAAAAACAUAGAAUGCUUUUGGUAACUUUUUUGUUGCAUUUUUACCUACAUGAUCAAGGAAUGAAAUGCUUAGUUAAAAACAAGAAACAUAUUUAAAAGCUACAAAAUGUAUCAAUAUUAGAGUGAAGAAAGUUUUAGGUGACUGUUAUACUAGAUGGCACUCUGCUGCCAACAAUAAAAUAUGACUCUUUUUAUAUAAAACUGCCAUAAGGCAUUCAAUCUCUAAGCUACAUCCUGUCAUUUGACAAUGUUUAGACUUACUUUUACAAUAGAUCAAAUACUUCAUUCUUCUUUGUAUAUCACUUAUUUCCACCCAAAUUUGAAGUUUCCCAGUAAAGCUACUUAGGACUUGAAAAAUUAAGUGAAUUCCACUUUGGUGUUAGCAUGGCACUUAGAGAACGCUUGCUUUACUCAUUAAGAUCAGCUUGACUCUAGUGCAGCUCUCUCCAUGGUUGAGGGUAGCAUCUAUAUCAUUAAAGGAAAACAACGUAGUGUAUAUUACAGCAUAAGAUAUGAUCCACAUGUGAUGCAAAUCCCUAACAUUUUGUUUGAAAACUAUCUUACAACCCCAUGCCCACAUAUAUUAUCCUAUGUUAAUCUUAUUCCAUUGAAUUAUUAAUAAUACAAACGGAAUUAAUUUAAAGAAAAAUAUAUUGUUAAGUAAAAAUGUCAAAAUUCUAUACAUUCUUAUGUAGCUGAGUGGUGGGUUGCCGGUGGCAAUACAUUUUUAAAUUUAAUUAGAAUAAAAGAAACGAGGUCUUGAGAACUAUAGUUUUUUGUUGGUUCUGAGAUUGUGGUAGCCAAAAACAAUGAGGAGAAAAAGCCUAAGAAAAAGAACAAUUUCUGAAAAGAUACAAAUGGAACAGGUUAAAAAUACAGGUUAUUAAAUGACCUGACUAAGAUUUAAUUACACGGCUAACAACAAACAUGUUAAAUAACUCUGCAAUUUGCAGGCUAUGACAAACAUGCUGAACUAACAAUACAUAUGCAUGAUGACAAUAUGGUACCUGUCAUACAAAUAGCUGUGAUCAGUUAGCUAUGACAUUUGAUUCUAUCAUCAGGCUGGUGAAGACUAUCAUCUGCCAAGAGUCAACAAGUCCACAUUGAAAGAUCAUCUGACUGCCGUAAAUCUUGAAGAGAAAAGACUGCAGGAUUUAGUGAACACUGAGUGGAUGCCGCCCACAGCAUCUGUCAUGAAAAGGUCAUUUGUAAUUUAAGGGUUGGAGAGUAAUAGAGGGAUGUAGAAAGCUUUUCAUUAAAACACGGCCGCCAGAGCCUUAUAUGCUAAAAGAAUACAGAACACUGUCCCGAUCUGAGCUGCUGCCAGAGAAACUUUUGCACUUGCCAGCCGAGUACCUGAACAUUGAUAAAUGGUGUUGGGGACCCUCCACAAACCCUUGUCAAAAAUCUAAUUGAUGGUCACACCCAGCAGAUGAGGCGUGCCGGCCAGGUGUUUGCCUGGGACAAGAGAGAGCAUAGCUUGGCCCCUAAAAGAGAAUGAAUAUACUAAGUAAACAUUUCAGAACCAAACAUUUGAAGGGGUAUUUUGUGUUAACCUGUUAAAUUAAAAAAAUUGAAGAGAUAAUCUUUUGUUGUUACAUCUCCAAGGCACAUACAAUGUUUAUCAUACAUAUAUCCUUGAGCCAGAUGGGCAAGAAAAUAGUUUUGGAUGGAAUAAAACAGUGCUGUUAAACCAUUUAAGUAUACAUUUUGUUUUAAAAACAAACUUAAUUGUAACUUUGCGUUUCAUGCUGAAUGGAUAUUUAGUUUCUAUUGAAGAUGAGUAAACUGUAGUGCUUGUUACAACCCUCUGGCUAUGCAUCACUUGAUCGCAUCAGCCCACUUGGAGAAUCCCAGAUCCAUAAUAUAUAUAAUAAGGAUCCAUCCCUUUUUAACUAUUAAAGUAACUGAGACUUUGCAUUGUAAUUUAAAAAAAAAAAAGAAAAAAAAAGAGAAGUAAAAAAAAUAAAAAAAAUAACUUGAUUUAUGCACAAAACUUCAUGCAGUAUUUAAAAUAUUUUAUUCCUCUUGUGCAGUUUUAGACCCACUGCCCUCCAGACUCGAUCUCCACAGAUUGGUGGCAAUUUUACUAGUGCUAAUCCUCGUGUCAUUAUAAUCUCAUCCCGAGUCCCAGCAGCUGAGGUAUGGUCUUAAUUUAGGAUAUUAAUUGCUAAAAAUUUAAAAAACUAUUGCAACAUCUAUUGCUUUGUAUUUUUGAUCAUGCUACAAAAACUCUGUGUAUAUAUUCUCCUUAAAUAACAAAACGUAGGCUUAAAUUCAUCAAUGUAAUUUGAAAUAUACAUACAGAAUAAGGCCCACAUGUAAUUAAAACAUUGUUUUAGCCUGUAAUCUGAUGAAGCUUCAACUGCUUCAGUCUUUUGUUUUUUUACAUAGGCAUGCAUAUAUAUAUUAUAUACACAAAGAUACAUACAUAUUCACAAACACACUCACACACCCACACAUGUAUGCACACAUAAAUAAAUAAAAAUUUACUGCAUACAGGGAAAACAUUUAAAUUUGAGCACAUCUCUCUUCAUCACGCCCACCCACCCACUGCUACAUUUCCCCUACAGACACACAUUAACUCACCGAAAACGUCAAAGAUAUUUGUGUAGAUCAUCUGUGGUAUUUCAGCUACUACUUGAUGCCGUGUUGUUUGGCGUGCUGCCAGUUGUGUAUGAGUACGAGGGCACAACAGCCCAGUCCAUUGUUCAGCAAGUUGAGUUUGUCUUAGAAGGAAGGAAUGCCCAGUGAGUACGGCAUAUGUUUCCUGUGUUUUAAUUUAGUAGAAUAGCACUUGGGGAAAAAAAUCCAUGACGUAAUGUCACUGGAUGUCAACUGUCAAAUAAAAAUUCUAUUCAGUUUAUAAUAUAAAAAAAAACAAAAAAAAACUUAUUGAUUCCUUUAAAAUUUUUAUUUACAACUUCAUAGAAGUAUUGGCCUCUUCUGUCAUUGUGAUGAGCCCAGUGAGCUGAGGCUGGCCCAUGGCUGCGCUGUUUCUCUCGUUUCACUGGCUGACCAGGAGGACUCUGAGGCACGGGAUUUUUUCGAGGCACUGGUCAAUCACAUUCUUCCUGUAGAGAUGGGUGGUCAGUUUGACAUAUUUGUGCCCCUAGCCUCUUCUGGUGAGUCUACUACGCACUGUUGUUUAUUGAUCACUUUUAUUGAUCAGAACUCAGAUAUUUUUUUCUAAUAUAAUUAAACAAACAAAUAACUUCACAUUGAGGUUCAAAAUAAAAACAGUUUUGAAGCCUACAAAAAAUACUUUAGCAAUGAAUUUAAAAUUUUAUUUAUUACCAGAAAAGAAUAAAUUAAACACGGUGGAACUUAAAAUAAAUAAACCUCAGUAACUAUUAAAUUUAUGUAUUUAAAAUAUCCUUUCUCUUAAAUGGUUAACUACCAUGCGCCACUGGGAGCUGCUGGGCAUUUCUUUUGUGAUGGCCACGAGCCGCUGGAAACGCCAACGUUUGUAUCGUAGUCAACGUGACCUAAAUUUAAUUCGGCCACAGCCGGUAUUUCAAUGUGGUAGCUAAUCAGUUUAAAAAAAAAAAAAAAAAAAGAAAAGUGAUGUCUUUGUGUUUACUUUUCUUUGCAUGGUUUUCAUAGAGGAAGGAAUGGAGAUUAUGGUUCAACUCAGUGUACUAACAAGUAUGCAGUUCUCAUCACCAACAGGCCUCAUUGGAGCUUAUAACCACAGUAAGCUCUGACUGUAGAUUCAACAUUAGUUUUCUAUAUAUUUUACACAUACUUCACGUUGUCAUCUCUUUAACGUUGUGUUGAUGCAUUAUGUUUAACUUCCAAAAUGGUUUUAUAUAAAAAAAAUAUGUCUAGUGAAACUGGCCAGCAGAUUUGAACUUGUCAGCCAGCUGUCAUUUGCCAAGCCAUGGUUUAAUGACAAAAUCCAUUUAAAAUAGAUGAUAAGUAAAAGCUUGUUUCCUUAUAAUCUUCAGCUCGAUGCAUUGCUCUGUAACUUUUCUGUCUGUCAACUCCUAUGUUCUACUGGACUGGUUAAUUCGUCAAGUUCUUUCACACGUUGUAAUAUGUCGUACUAUUCUUACUAUCACUGAAUAAACUCAAGCCCUUUUCAUAAUAAUUAUAACUUUAAUAUCUAAUUAUAAACACAUGCAUAUGGCGCAGCUUGCUAUCAGACAUAACUAAAACACAUCCUGCAUCUACAAAAUUCCUUUCAAGACUGCCAGACGAAUAAAGCUAACGUCACAUUACCAUCUAGACAAUACGUCACAAUCAGUAUAAAAAUAUGUCACUAAGUCAAGCGCAGGAAGAGCAUUCAAUAACUUAUAAAACUCUCAAACACCCAACGCGCGUAAAAGACACAUAACAUUCAGUCGCAACAAUUAUCAAUGAAUUCCCAUACUGGACACUGUCCUUGCAGUCAACACAGAAUGGUUGAUCCUCUAUGACAACAUCAAGCCCCCUCCAGCAAUGUACUUCUGCCAGAGCAAGCUCAACGUAUGGGCCAAUGUGGCAGACCAGGCACUGGAAGCAGUCAGGGAAACUCGAGCUGUGAUGGACCCUUACUUUGACAGAGUUCAUCGUAACAUCUCAGCACAAACAACAGGCUAGUAUGCAGUUCUGUUUUGUGCUCAUGAACCAAAGAAAUUAGGGAUAACAGUUGGACCUUAGAUAGAAGUGAUAAUGGGACAUAUUGUUUUUAAAUUCCUAUCAAUAUUGCAUUUCAUUAUUUGGCUCAUCCUUUAAAAUGAAGAGUAAAGUAUUGUAGAGGGAAUGAUGGAACUAAAAGGGGGAUCAAACUUCCAUUUAGCAAUCCCUGGAAAUGUACAUAUUCUGUCAACAUUGGUUGGAUGAGCAAGUGUAAGUUGCUUUCUUCCCUUCUUGGCACCUGGUUUUUUUAUAAUAUAUAUUAUAAUAAUUUUGCUGUUUUAAUUAAAAAAAUUUUUUUGACAGUGCAUCGUAAUGCAGUCAUAUUUAACUGCUAACUAUACAUAAACUUAGUUCUUUCUAGUAUUCUUCUACAAGUCUUGUCACUGUCAGAUUACAGGCUGCAGCUUUGCUGAUUUAUAUUUUUGUCAUGUGACUGAAAAAACAAGAGCACUUUCCCUUUUAAAUCAUGAACUGCCUCAGUCACCUAGGACUAUGCAUUGCUUUGACAACAUGGUUUUAAAAGUGUGUACAUUUGGUUGAGAGACAUUAGGGUAGGAUUCGUUCUGAUGAGACAUUGGAGAUUUAGAUUAGAUGAGAGAUAUGAGUUAAUAGAUUUGUGGAGAGUGAAAUUAUUAUUAUAUUUUUUUCUAGGCAGCUUAUAUAUUAUUUUAUGUAGGAUGUGUAGGAUGUUUUUGGACACAUGUAUUUACAUGUAUUUGGAACAUAAGUGAUUGUUUUUCGAAUGCAUUUUUAAACUAUAUUAGACACCUAGCCAAUAAAUAAAUAAACCUGAACUUUUAAAUGAGUUAUGGUUACUUGACUUCAUACAAAACAUCAACCUUGUAGGGGACUCUCUAACAGGACAACAAAGCCCAUUUAUUUCUUUGAAUGUCAAUUAAUGAAUGAACAUACAUGACGCCUCUAUUUCUAAAAUUAUUACUUUUGAAAAAAUUCUGUUUGUGAAUCUUGUAAUGCGAUGACCAAUUUUUCUUCACUGAUGUGAGUUUAAAUUGCAGGUUAUAUAUGCGAUGACCAAUUUUUCUUCACUGAUGUGAAUUUAAAUUGCAGGUCAGCUUGUUUUUGAUGUGCUUGGACAGACAGACAUUCAAGGUGUGUCCAAUAUCACAGAUGCCUUAAGAGACGGCCUGAAAGCUUUAGGAGAGUCAUCCUCUGUAAGUGUCAACAAAUGUCCUGCUGUGGCAAGCUGAUGGGGUGGAAGUCUCCUCCAUGAGUCUAGUUGAAAGAAAUACUUGUUAAAAAACUAGGAACUAAUUUAGUGCAGAAGGAAUGUGGUUUUUGAAUAGAUCUAUAAGUUAUUUUUAAUGGUUUCUUGUUUAAAUCUGGGCAGUGUGUUGGGGUCAAAGAAAAUGUAUUUAUGAUGGGAUGUUUUAGAGGAAAAAGGAUUGUUCAACUACGGUGCAGUCAUUAAACUGCUCAGUGAAAGCAAUAAUUGGUCUUGUACAUUUGCAAAUUUUAUGAAAAGGCAUGAGUAACAUCAUGUGGUUUAUAUGAAGUCUUGUAUGAAGUAAGUCUUGUUUAAAAUCUUGUAUGAAGUCUUUUAUGAAGUAGGUCUUGUAUGAAGUAAAUCUUGUAUGAAGUAAGUCUUGCAUGAAGUCUUGUAUGAAGUAAGUCUUCUAUGAAGUCUUGUAUGAAAUAAGUCUUUUAUGAAGUCUUAAAUGAAUUCUUAUAUGAAUUAAGUCUUGAAUGAAGUCUUGUACGAAGUUAUAGUUAAGACAAUUUUCUUUUUCAGUCGCAGCCUCUCAAGUUUCUCGGCAGAUAUUUGUUAGAGAGAGCUGGAGUGGACACAGACAAUAUGGGCCUUACGACGGUAACAUUUCAUUUUAAACAGCUGGCAGUGUUGCUUACUAUUUAGGUACACCAAACCAUACAUUGAAUAAUGUAUUGAAAAAGUGGUAGUAUGAAGGUGGGAGCAGUGGUAGGGUUCAAAUAAUUUAAGGAGUUUGCUGAUCCGAUGAUCAAUUUAAGCAUUGAAAAAAAAAAACAAGCAACCCCAAAUUUAGUUUAUUAUUUUAUUGCAGUCAAUGCUUAAAUGAAAACAAUUAAAAAGAAAAAGCUACACAUAACUAGUAAAGUUAUGAGAAGGAGUUUUAAAAUAUUAAUGAAUUUUAAAAAAAUAAUAAUACCUGAUUAAAAAACAAUAAAACUGUUUUUCCAUAAUUGGUAAUAAUUGGGAUCUCUUAUUUAUUUGCAAAAAGAAAUUAAUUUUUAGAAUGAGCCUUUUUUAUGAAUGUCUAUUUAUUAUUUUUUUUUUCCCCCAGAAAUCCGUCGUGAGCCUGACUCAGCACCUGAGGAUGUCAUUAGAGGAGUCUGAGAGAGAGGAUGGCACACUGACAGACAGGACUGAAGGGGAAAAGGAGAUCCGGAGGGAGGAGAAUGGCACCGGGGAGACAGAAGAAAACGAAGCUCAUGAAGAGGACGGCGAGAGUAGUGACAGGAGGAAGGAUGACGGUGAGGGUAAGAUGCAGAUACAGGAUGUUGCAUUAUGGAUGUAGACUUUUGCUUCAGAAUAUCAUGAAAUUUAUGUACUCACCAGAUUUUUACUUAAUUUUUAAAAGGUUUUUUGGGGGGGUCGGGGGUGGGGUUCGGAGGGAUGGGUUACAUAUUUCAUACUUGGAAUUUUUUUAAAUAAUGAAAAAGAAAAAGAGGAAAUGUUUUAUUAACAUUGGAAAAAUCUAUAUUAAUGUUGAAAAAGAGUCCUUGUACUUCCUUGGGGAGAAUUAGUGUUAAGUAUGGUGCAGACAUGUAAAUUUUCAUUAAUGCUCGCUAAACAUGACAAUUAUAUUUAACUAGUUUCAUGUUUGCUGUAGAUUUCAAAAAAUUAUUUUAAAGAUAUAGAGCAGAUGAGGAAAUUUAAUUCAAUCAAAUUUCUGUAUGCGAACAAUAAUUCAGGUACUGGCAGAUUGCUUAAAAAAAUAGAUACAAGUUGAAAGUUUUAAACUUGAGCUUGACCUUUACUCAUUAAAAUAUAGCCCCCCCCCCCCUAAAAAUAUUUUUAUGAACGUUCCAAACCUCAAAAUUUAACUCAUUUCUAAUACCAAUGUUUUCUGACUCUAAUCAAGAAGAGAACCUGAAGGACUCGUUACAAGAGAAGGACGGCAAGAAGCUAAUCAAGAGCCAGUCCUUGGACUUGCCCACAGUCAACUUGAGUGUCAAAUUUGGUACCAUGAGAGCCAGCAGAAGUCAGAGACUGGUAAAUUACCUCCCUUUACAUGAGUCUAUAUAAGGUUUAUUAUUGCUUCUUGCCACUGUCGCCACUCAAAGAUGAAACAGUUUAUUGGUGCCACUUACAACUACUACCCUUUAACCCCAGGUUUCGAAUCUUGAGGGAAAAACAUUAAGGAACGCACCCAAAAAUAUCCUUCCCCCCCCCCACCCCCCCCCAACACACACUUUAUGUUUCCUUCGAUAAUAAAUAUCUAUUUAUUGCUUAGAAGAAGAAGAAAAAAAAUGCGGAACUCCAUUCCCAUGUGUUCCUGAAGGAAUUGAGCCCCCAUGGCCACAGAGUGAUGAAAAAAUUUGAUUUAGAAAAACUGACAGUUGUAUCUCUCCUUCUAACACACAGACAUCCCAGCAGUAUGCUGACCACCCUGAGAAGAGGACACCUAUAGCUUUUGAGAUACUGACCAGUGAGACAGAGUACAUGAGAACACUAAAGUCUGUGCAGGAUGUUUAUGUAAAGACUCUGAAAUCAGCCAUAGCUUCCAACAGGUAUCCAAUGGGUGUGUUACGGUCAAAGUGUUAGAUCCAGGCAUUCCUUAGAAAUGCACUCGAAAAUAUUUUUUGCCCUUGCUUUUUAUUAUUUGUUUAUAAAAAUUCGUAUAUCUUUAUGUGUUAUUAUGUACUUGGCCUAAGUGCAAGGCAAUGUAUAUAAUGUCUAAUGUAUUUCAUGCUUUGACCCAAAGCUUCAAACAUUCCAUACCUCUGGAUUUCACACUUUGCCGUCAACAGAUUGUACUCUAUUCUGUUCAUUUCAACUCUAGGCACCACUGAAAUAUAGUAUAUUUAUGUUGUUCAUUGGAUGUUAACAACCGUGCUUAAAAUAUGUAUUAUUUACAGCUUAUCCAACAUCUGUAUAUGAUUCCAUUAUCAUUAUGUUAAACUAGGAAGUAUGAAGGACGAGUUGAUUAAAUUGUGUUGUUUAUUUUUUUGUAUCUUUGAUUGAAACUUUAUAUGAUUUCAUUAUAUCUACAGGGCCAUCAUCAGUGCCCAGAAUGUGCAAAUUAUUUUCACAGACCUGAUGAACAUCUACAAAAUUAGCAGGUACACAAAAUGAUGUGGUUCAUGGAAAGAUGAAGGUUGUUGAUCAAUUUCUUUAGCGGCAAACGCAAUGAAGAAAUUUUUUUUUUAGAAGAACAGAAUUUCGGUUUCAAAUGAUUUCAGUUGAGCUCUUGGAGUCAGAGCUGUAAAUGUAAAAAAAAUAAAAUCAACUUAAGAUUAUUUUUUUAAUGUUGAGAGAAAAAAAAUGGAAUGAGAAAUUACUUUGAUAUAUCGCUCUUCAGUUUUCAAUACAUUAUAUAACCAGCCAUUUCAGCUUCAAAAGCAGGGCUCAAAGCUUAUAUUUUUGUCAAUCUCAGACUUGAGGUUUUGGAUAUUUUAAAUAAAUACUGGAACAAAAUAUGUUUAGGUGUCGAAAAGGAUAGGAAAUAUUAAAAGGUCAUUUUUGCUAAAUGCCCUCUUCAGAAGAAAAGAAAGAAAAAGUCACAACAAUAAUUAGUUAUAAAAAAACAUCUCUCAAAGUAGUUCUCUCAGCCUCUGUUUAGAAAUGAAAAUGUUCUAUUAGAAUGGAAGUUAAGUGGUUCAAAGCCAAAACUUGUGCCCCACAUAAUUCUGUGGUGCGUACUAUCAAGGUAAAAGAAUUUAAGUAUUAUUAAUGUAAAGUUGCAUAUUUUAAACAUAUAUAUUAUCCUUAGGUAUUUUACGUUGCUCACACUGAGUGAAAACUAUAGCUGACAUUGCCCAUUAAUAGCUUACUUUCUAAUUUGAUCUUGAAAAAUUGUUGACAUCUUCAGAGAGUUGGAGGAAGAUUUACGAAACAGACUAGCAGACUGGGACCACCAGCACACAUGUCUAGGGGAUGUGUUUGUAAGGUUCUGCACGAAGCUCAAAGCUUACACAAACUUCACCAACAAUUAUGAAGUCAUCCUGCGGGCCAUUGAGAGAUGCAAGGAACAGACCCCAGCAUUCAGAGCUUUCCUGCAGAGGCACGAGAGGGUCCCUGAGACGCGGAUGCUUAUGUAGGUCAAUUAUUGUUUCUGGCCCCUGACAUAUGGACGCCUACAUAGGUCAUUUGUAUCUGGUCCCUGAGACAUUUUUAUUUAAAUAAUUUUAUUACAAAGAAUUAUUAAAAUUAAAUUAUGUCAUUUAAAUAUGAAUAGAUUUAAUAAUUUUGUUUAAUGUUGAAAUUUACAGGUCAAUAAUUUGCUAUCUAUCUCACCAGCAAUUUGUUAGCAAUAUCAUUUAUGUCUUACAUCUCGAGAUCUGACUAAAAAAAACAUUUCAUUAUUUUUUUAAAGGCUGCAAGAGAUUUUCCUAUUGCCUGUCCGGCGUAUAUCAGAGUAUGUCCAACUGUUGACCUGGUUUGAACUGCACACUCCCCGCACUCACGCUGACCGACAGGAUCUGGCCAAUGCCAUCAACACACUAACUGAACUGGACAGGGGAAUCAGAGAGGUGAAUUAGACUCUUGUAACAGAUCCAUGAGAGCUCAGAAUUUUAAACAGACUUAAAAUUUCAAUUUUCAAGUUGCUUUAGCUUCUAGUUAAAAAACAUAGCUUGAGUUUUUAACAAUGUUUGAAUAAUUGAAGAUUUAAAACUUAUUGUUCUUUUGAUAACAGUGCAAGGUCAGGAUGGACAGGGAGCGAAUUCUUGUGUCUUUAACUAGGAAGAUUAUCAACUGCCCUGUAAGUAGUUACUUAUUCUAUUAUCUUAUACCAUACACCAUUCAUACAUCUUAAAUACCAUUUUAGUCUGAACCAAAAGGACAAGUAGGCCUUCAUCAUUUCAUUGUUCCAUUUAAUUUGAGAUUUGUGUCAGAUAUUAUUUUUAACUUUGUACACAUAGGCUCUGCUAGAAGCCAACAGGUAUUUGGUGAACAAUUUAGAUGUUGCCCACCUGAGGCCACCCACUGACUCUGCUGUACCUGAGUUCAGGUAAUUUUUUUUAUAACUUAAUAAAUAUAUUUAAAAAAAAUAAAUUUUAGUUUUAAACAUAAAUUAUAUCACAUCCAUACCCUUAUGAUUGUUUUAAAAAUUGAAAAAAUUCACAAACACAUGCUUGAAACGUUACAAUUUACACUUUGACCAUAAAACCCUAUUUUGUUUCUGAUUUUCUUAGACUGGCUCAGAGGUCAAGUUAUUUUAUCCAUAUCUGACCAAAUACAAUGAUUAAAAAACUCCCUUUUACCUUAUUUGUAUAAAAUAAAAAAAUAGACUUAACUAGUAUUAAUUUUGACAAAUGAUGCUUAAACACAAGGCACAGUGACAUUCUGUUGGAGGGGCUUUAGCUCAGGUCAGACAUUCUAUUGGAGGGGCUUUAGCUCAGGUCAGACAUUCUGUUGGAGGGUCUUUAGCUUGGGUCAGACAUUCUGUUGGAGGGGCUUUAGCUCAAGUCAGACAUUCUGUUGGAGGGGCUUUAGCUCAGGUCAAACAUUCUGUUGGAGGGUCUUUAGCUUGGGUCAGACAUUCUGUUGGAGGGGCUUUAGCUCAGGUCAAACAUUCUGUUGGAGGGUCUUUAGCUUGGGUCAGACAUUCUGUUGGAGGGGCUUUAGCUCAGGUCAAACAUUCUGUUGGAGGGUCUUUAGCUUGGGUCAGACAUUCUGUUGCAGGGGCUUUAGCUCAGUUAGACAUUCUAGAAUCACCAACUUGACAAGAGAUGAAAUGAAUAGAAGAGAAAUUCUCCUUAAAACUUUUGGAAGGCCACUGGGAAAAAAUAUUCAAGUCUAAAUGAGAUUCUCUUACCUGACAAUAACACAGAAAUAAAACUUAGAAUGCAUUGUUGACAAUCGAAACAUUUCGUCCCACCUACAGAGCCUUCCAAGAGAUAGCCAUGCUUGGCUUGUACCUCUUCAAUGAUGCCUUGCUAAUUACCAGGAGGACUUCCAAGCAUUUCCCUUUCAGUAGAGCGGUAGAGUUCAUCUACAAAUAUGAAACCAGCAUGAGCCUUGUUCGCAUGAAAGUAGUGGACAUACCUGAUUCUAAAUGUAAGUAGUCCAUGAAAGUAGUGGACAUACCUGAUUCUAAAUGUAAGUAGUCCAUUAAAGUAGUGGACGCUCCUGACUCUUGUCAUUACAAUUUUUUACAAUUAUUAACUAAAUUAAUUUUUAUCUUUGUAAAUGUUUUCAUGCUUUUAAUAUGGUCUGUAUUGGUCAUGAAUUCUGCUUUUCAUCUUAUCAUAACAGUUUCAAAGUAGUGAGUUGAUUGACAGAUGUAACGCAAUACCAUUAAUGAAAUAUGCAAAUAUGUACCAAGGGGGAACUCAUAAAUUCUAUUUUAGAUCAUUUCAGUUCAUAUCAAUACAAAUAGACUAAGUGUGACCAAAAAUGUUAAAAAAUAUUAAGAACCUAAUUAUAAAACUUGAAGUUGGUUUGCUAAGGGUUAAUGUGUUGAAUUUACUUCCAUGAGGCUCAGCAACGGUUCGUGGUGAGUAAAUCCUUGACAAAUGUUUUGACAGAAACAUUUUCAUUUUUAAAAAAAAAAAUGUUUACUGUUUGGUUCACUUUUUACUUAGAACACAUUGAUAGCCUCAGUCACAGUUAUGGUUCUUGGUAUCAUUUUUCCUGGACAAAUAGAAGUGCUUUUUCUUUUUAGUGUAACAAGAAAUGAAAUAAAUAAAGUGUAUUUUUUUUAAUCCUGAAAAUCAAGUUACAUUUUAUAUCAUUUGUUACAGUGCAGUAACUAAUAUGUGGAAAAUGAUUUACCUUCAUGGUUUACAAAUGUUACUAUGUCAUGUCCACUGGUCCCUAUGUUAGAUAUUUUAAUUAAAAAAAUUAUUUUUCCAACUUGGCAAUUUUGACUAUUAAUCAUUACUUUUACCAGCAUUUAAUCCUGAUUUCCAAGAAGUUCACUUAAAAUAUACUUACUUGAAAUUAGUUGGGUUCAGUAAUUUACUAAAUAUUAUAGUUAUAGACGUCUUCAAUAACAUAUACUCCAAUUUUAAUUCUGGUAGUUUAUAUAAACAUUGGAAAAUUAUUUCAUUGAUAUAUUUUUUUAUUAUUCUUGUGGCAGAUGUAAAGAAUGCCUUCAGAGUUGAGACACCCAAGCAGUCCUUGACUUGUGCUGCUGAAACACCUGCUCAGAAAUUCAACUGGGUUAGCAUUCUUGACAAGACAAUUCGUGGUGCUGUGGAGAGGAAGUAACAUUUUUUUGUGUGUAAAUACAUAUUUAAAAAAAUAAGUUCAUGCUAAAUAUGAAAUUUAGUUAGUAAAUCAACCUUUUUUUUUGGUCAUCAAUGUCUGAAGCUAGAUUUUUGUUACCGGUACCGAUACUAGUGCUUGUACAUUGACAAGGGGGAAAAAAUAGAGAUUUAGUCAGUGUUUGUGCAGUCCCAACAUUUUUUGUAAGGAAAUUUCUUCUUCUUCUAUAAUUUGAGGGCCCAUGAUCAAUGAAUUGAUCAUUCUGGCUCCUAUGUUUGCAGAGGGGUUCGCGAUGUAACUGUGCAUGGUUUUGAAGAGGAUACUUCACUGGUUGCAAGGGCCACUCAGCGAUGAUAUUAAGAAUUGGGGUUGGAAAAUAGGAGGCAAUAGACACAAAUGUAUCAGGUGUACUCACCUCAACUGUUGCUUUUGGAAGCUUGUUCCAGUCCCUGAUUGUCUUUGGCAGGACUGAGCAGUUCCUGUAUCGGUACUAUGUUCUUGCUGUUAUGAGCCGGAACUGCCUGUCAUGGCCUCGCCGCUGUCUAGUGGGGAGAGGGACUAAUUUCAACUCCUAUUUGUAAAAGUAAAGCGAUGAGCAACUAGUAUACUUUAGAAGAAUAAAAGAAAGGGUGCACAUGAUAGUUAGUGUUUAUUUGGUGUAAAAGAUUGGUAACUAUUCCUUUCAUGUUAAAUUAUCUAACAAAUGUAUUAUCUGGUGCCUUUCAUGAUUUCUCUACCAGUCAAUGAAAUGUAACAUUUCAUUUUUAAAUACAUCCAUGAUUAUUUAUUACAGUGUGCAAAUGAAAACUUGGUGCUUUUUAAUUUUAUCAUACUAUUACAAUUUUGACAUGGGGAGAGGUGGGCACUUGUGCAGGGCCAAUGUUAGGAGGGUGGGAGACUUUGGUCAAAUUGAAUUUUAUGUGGACGCUGACGUUAAAUCCCACAGCUGAUAGGAUGUUAUGACAUGUCAAGUCAUAUUGGGUCUUUUUAAAAAUGAAACAGUUGGAAUUGCCUUGAGCUGAAUUAUGUAUCGUGGCCCAGUUUUGAUAAUCUCACGGUUGUCAAAAAAUAAUUCUGAAAAACACAAAGCUAAUUGAAUUAUAUGCUCUCAGGACUGCAUAAUAUAAAAAUAAUAUUUAUUUUCAGGCGAUAAGCAGGCAUAUAAUUAAACAGAAUGUGUAAGUUCUUAUCAAAUCAGCCUUAAGUAAAAUCAAGAUGGCAUCCAUGUUUAAGGUCACCAGAAUUAUUUCAAUGUCAAAAACAUGACAAAAUAUUGAUAAUAACACAAAAUUAUAAUUUUAAAAAAAAAAAUGUCUUGAGGUUUGACUGUAGGAACAAAUUAGAUGGAAGGUGGUCAGUGUCCCCAG